AUGAGUGUUUCGCGCGAGACCCGCCUCCUGGACCAGGUGCUGGAGCUGAUUAUGCAUGAGAAGCCUCCAAACAGCGCCAGUCUCUUCCUGAACGAGGACACGGACAAGCCCCAAGAGCCUGAGCGAGGAGCCCUGCAGAGGCGCAUACGGCGAGCCAUGGAGCGCAAGGCGAGCACGGUCCGGGGGCGCUUUUGCACCUGCAGCCGCGACGCGCUGAGAAAGUUCCUCAGGAGGAAUCUGUUUGUGCUGUUUACUGUGGCAGCUGUGGCUUUGGGUGUGAUUCUGGGAUUUGCACUGCGCACUCGCAAUCUUUCCCUGAGGGAGGUCAAAUAUUUUGCCUUUCCUGGAGAGUUGCUGAUGAGGAUGCUGCAGAUGUUGGUGCUGCCUCUUAUUGUCUCCAGUUUGGUCACAGGCAUCUCCUCCCUGGACAGUAAAGCCUCGGGUAAAAUGGGCAUUCGAGCGGUGGUCUAUUACAUGGUGACCACGCUGAUCGCUGUGUUCAUUGGGAUUGUCAUUGUGAUCAUCAUCCGCCCGGGGAAAGGCAGCCGGGACAGCCCCCUGCACAAGACAGGGAGCAUUGAGCAGGUGCAGGCCACGGACGCUUUUUUGGAUCUCAUCAGGAACAUGUUUCCUCCAAACCUGGUGGAGGCUUGUUUUAAGCAGUACAAAACUAUGUACAAGAAGACUCUCCGCACUCGCAACAUCACAGUGGCUCUGAACCUCACUGAAACUUUCAACAUCACAGAGUCCAGCCCCAGCGCCAACGUGAGCCAGCUCUUCCAGACCAUCCAGGAGGCGGUGGAGGAGACAGUGCCUGUGUCUGGCUCCUCUGGGGGGGUCAAUGCUCUGGGCCUGGUGGUCUUCUCCAUGUGUUUCGGUCUGGUCAUUGGGAACAUGAAGCAGCAGGGUCAGCCACUAAGGGAUUUCUUUGACUGCCUGAACGAAGCGAUCAUGAGGCUGGUGGCCAUUAUCAUCUGGUAUGCCCCAGUGGGUAUCAUGUUCCUGAUUGCUGGAAAGAUUGUUGAGAUGAAAAACUUGGCGGAGGUUGGCGGGCAGCUCGGCAUGUACACAAUAUCUGUGAUUAUCGGUCUGCUCAUCCACGGCCUGUUCGUGCUCCCACUGCUCUUCUUUGCUGUGACCCGGAGAAACCCCUUCAGCUUCAUUGGGGGUCUGCUGCAGGCUCUCAUAACAGCGUUCGGAACCUCCUCCAGCUCUGCCACUCUGCCCAUCACGUUCCGCUGUCUGGAGGAAAACAACCGCGUGGACAAACGAGUGACACGGUUUGUUCUUCCUGUCGGGGCCACUAUCAACAUGGAUGGGACUGCCCUGUAUGAAGCGGUGGCUGCCAUUUUCAUUGCCCAAGUCAACGACAUGGACCUGAACUUUGGACAGAUCCUGACCAUCAGUAUCACUGCGACUGCUGCCAGCAUCGGAGCAGCAGGCAUCCCCCAGGCCGGCCUGGUUACCAUGGUGAUCGUAUUGACAUCGGUGGGACUGCCCACGGAGGACAUAACACUGAUCAUCGCUGUGGAUUGGUUCUUAGACCGGCUGCGCACCACCACCAACGUGCUGGGCGACUCUCUGGGGGCUGGGAUCGUGGAGCACCUGUCCCGAGACGAGCUUCAGCAUCACGACCCAGACAUGCACAACUCUGUGAUUGAAGUGAACGAGAAGCCGUACCAGCUCAUCUGCCAGGACAGUGAGACAGGCAACCACCACAACACUGAGACGCCCAUGUAA